AUGUCUGCCACUCAGGUCUUCAGUAUCGCGGAUUGGGGAUCCCAAUCAAACCCCCGAACGGCCACAGGCAUGCAGCGAGUGGCGCAAACAACGCCGGUGUCUGAAAUCGGUCGCAUCAUCCAGGAUGACGGUGCGAUAGUGAUUAAGCAGUUCCUGUCCACGGAUCAAACGGAUUGCAUUAACGAGGAGCAGGACCCGUAUCUCAAGGCUCUGAUCCCGUCCGGUCAACUGGUUGACAUGAACGAAGGCAUCAAGAACUUUUUGGGUCAUAACACCAAAGGGUUGACGGAUCUAUUGCAACUCAGCAAGACUUUGAGGGCGGAAGUGAUCAACGACGAUCUUAUGCAUAGUAUUUCAGACGAGAUUCUCGGGAAGCAAGUCGGUGACUAUUGGAUGAGCACCGCCACCAUGAUGGAGAUCGAGCCCGGCAAUCCUCCGCAGAAAUUGCACCGAGGUUUCGGAACUGGUGGCCGUCGCUUAUUCCACAAGUAG